ACAUAAUACACACUCGAAGCUAAGGACUCCCCGUUUCUAAAUCCCAUACUGCCUAAGAUAUAUCCUUAGGGAAUCCCGACGUUCUACAGCAUGUCCUUCUCCCCGGAUCCAUCCCUGCUGAGUGGUGUCUCUGGAAAAACUGCCAUCGUCACGGGCGGGGCUAAUGGCAUUGGUCUUGAGACGAUCCGACAAUACCACGCCAAUGGCGCCAACGUUGUCAUCGCCGACCUCGCAUCAUCGCGGAAGUCCGCCGAAGACGCCAUUAAGAGUCUGGGUGAUGAAUCCAGAGCCUUGUUUGUACCUGUUGACAUCGUUGUUUGGGAUGAGGUGAGAGCCCUGUUCGCAUUGGCGAUUGAGAGGUUCCGGCUUGUGGACAUUGUGGUCGCAAACGCCGGAAUCAUGGAGAGCCGCCAGUUCUUUGACUUUGACGUGAAUGAGAAGGGAGAGUUGGAGGAUGAUGCUCUCAAGCACGCGGUCUUUCAUAUGAAAGACAACCAACCCGAUGCAAGUGGAUGGCGCGGAUCCGUCGUCUUGGUCGCAUCAACAUCGGGAUACUUCGGCGGUACCGGGGUUGUGUCCUACGUUUCGUCGAAGCACGGCGUCGUGGGUCUCUUGAGAUCUUCUCACACCGCAGCGCAACGCCUAGGCAUCCGCGUCAACAGCGUUGCGCCAUUCGUCACCCCUACUUUUAUUACUGAGGCUUACUUGUCGGCCUGGAAAGCAGAAGGGCUCCCGACGAAUACUCCGGCGGAUGUAGCAAUGGGCAUUCUUCACAUGUCUUUAGACACAAAUAUGAAGGGGAAAUGCUGUCUGGUUGUGAGCGGGGUGUGUAGAGAGAUUGAGGGCCCUCUCGCAGACACGGCGUUUUCCUGGACUGGGGAGGCCAUGUCAGACAUCUUUCUCAAAGCCCAAAUCUUCUUUCAAAAGCUUGGAGGCUAUCCACUCCCAGGGAAAAGAUCUUGA